GGCGGGUGGCCUGGUCAAUGACAUGUAUGCGAUGUUGGCGCUCAACUUCAUCUUUCCUCCGCUGAUGUUCCUGAUGGAUUACGAGUUUGCCAUGAACUUCUUCUUUCGCCGCAGGCUGACAGAGGAGAAGGUCCAGGAGCUCAACCGAGAGCUGGAUCAGUAUCGCGACAAGGAGGACCCAGUCGACAAGGACAUGUUCAAGUUUGCCGAAGACAAGGUGCGGUCGUGGGAAGUCUGCUUCGAGCCCACGAUUAUGGACCUCCCGCGGCACUAUGCGAAUGCGGAGAAGACGUACUUCUGCUGCGUCAGGCUCUAA